AUGGCCAUAGAAGAUGGUACAAUACUUCCGACUAAAAUAGUCAACGAUAUACUCAUUGAAAAGAAAGUUAGUGAAUAUACUCACGAUGAAGAAGAUAGAAUGAAUAUCGCCGCUAAAGCGGAAAUGGUUCUCACAAGUGCACUUGCAGAAAAAGAGUAUAAACGAGUAAACAAUUGCAAGUCCGCACAAGAAAUGUGGAACAAGUUAGUAGUUACCUAUGAAGGAACUACCGACAUAAAAGAUUUUCGAAUGGAUACAUUGAUCCAAGAAUACGAGAACUUUAAACUCCAAGAUGGAGAAAAUAUCAUCGAUAUGGAAACAAGAUUUACACGUAUAGUCGAUGAAUUAAAUCAACUCAGAAAGAACUAUGCUCAAAACGAAAAGAAUCGUCGAGUUCUUAAAUCUUUGCCUCCGAGUUGGAAAGUUAAAGUUACUACGAUCAAAGAGAUGCACAAUCUCAAUGAUUACCACAUCGAUAACUUAUUCGGGAACCUUCGUGCUUAUGAAGAAGAUAAUGUUCCGGAUAAGGUCAUUCCUAAAGUGGAAGACAAAAAGAAAAAUAUGGCUUUGAAGUCCAUCUUAAUCGAUGAAGAUGAAAACGACGAAGAGUUGAACGAAGAACUCCAAAAUCUCGAUGAAAGUGAGAUAGCUCUAUUAACGAGACAACUCCGUCGUGUACUUCAAAGUAAAGCUCAAAGGUAUGGAAAAGGCUUCCUUAAAUCAAAUAAUCAACAAAGACUUUUCAACUCUAAUGGAAGGCCAAAUUACUCUCAAAAUUAUACUCCUAACAAUAAGAGUAAUUAUCCUACCACAGGCAAAAUCAAUCAAAGUCCCAAUGGUUAUAAUAUUGCCAAUAAAAAUGGUACUUACACUCCUCCUAAGCCAAAAGAACAAAAUCCGGAGGAAACACCUAAUGUGUGUUUUGAGUGUAAGCAACUUGGUCACUUUAAACGGGAAUGUCCUAAGCUCUCUAAGGGACGAAUUCUCGUGGCCGAGAACGGUUGGGAUUUAAGUGAAGAUGAAGAAACUUCGGAAGCUACGAAAGAAGUAGUUAACUUAUGCUUAAUGGCUCUCGAGGAUGAUUCUUCGUCAUCGGACAUCUCCACUUCAAAUGAUGAGUCAAAUUCGGUAGUUCAAAAGGAUAAUGAGGAAUUGGUUCAUGCCUUGAAUGAAAAAGAUGAAAUAUUUGAGUUGGAAACUCAAAGGCUUAAAGAUGAACACUCCAAGAUCUUAGCUCAAGUUAUGAAUCAAGAAAGGAUUCUUAACGACAAAAUUAAUAUUUUGAGCAAAGAAAAAGAUGAUCUUGAGAGAACAAUUCAAAAGUUCACAAAAGGGAAUGAGUUGUUAGAUAAAAUGGUACAUUCGAAAAUAUCAUAUAACCAUGAAGGUUUAGGAUAUGAUAAAAAUGCUCAACCUAAGAAGUUUGUUCAAGGAAAGAAACAAACUACUUUUGUUCCCGCUACACCAAAGUAUAAAUGCUCUUAUUGCAAUAAAGAUGGACAUACGGUUGAAUAUUGCAAGAUAGAGAAUGGUGAGAUUAAGGGGAAGUAUAUAUGGGUUCAUAAAGGAACUAAACCAUAUACAAAGGUUGAUCGUUUUGUACCAAAUAACUAUGUUGAUGACACUCAAAGAAAACCAAAGUUUAGUUUUGUUCAAAAACCGUUUGCUUAUCAAAAUAGAAAUUCGGGGUAUAAUGCAUAUACUAAUGGUCAAUCGUCUAGAAGUCAUUUUGUUCCUAGUCAUCGUUUCUAUCCUCAAAAUACCAUGUAUUAUUCAAAUGAUAAAAAUAACAUGUAUCAAGGUGGCAACUAUCAAAGAUAUAAUUUGCAACAACCAAGAUACUAUGAUUAUUCUAGGAACAAUGCAUCUAGAAACUCCUAUAUGCCUACUCAAGCUUAUACCAUGCCUAUUUUCUAUAAUGCAAAUGUGUGCCUUGUCACUAAACGAGACAUGUGGUAUCUUGAUAGUGGUUGUUCGAGACAUAUGACCGGUAAUAAGUCACUCUUAAAUAGCAUUAGAAAGGUCACCGCUGGAAGUGUCACGUUUGGAGAUAGUAGCAAGGGGAGUAUCGUUGGUAUUGGCGAUAUCGGGAAUGGACAUUUCAAGAUUGCUAAUGUACAACUAGUUACGGGACUUAAGUAUAAUCUUCUCUCCAUUAGUCAACUUUGCGACAAUGGAUAUAAGGUGAUUUUCUAUCCUACUCAUCGUUCUAUCUUAAAUAAGGAUGGAAAAUUAAUGCUUGCUUGUCCUCGUAGCAAAAAUGUGUACACAUGCGAUAUUAAUAAACCUUUUAAUGUAUGCCUAAUUACUACACAAGAUGACCGUUGGUUAUGGCAUCGUAGAUUAGGACAUGCGAAUAUGAAGUUAAUAAAGAAUAUCUCAAUGAAUGAUCAUGUUAGGGGUAUACCAAAGUUAAACUAUCAAAAAGAUCAUACUUGUGAAGCUUGUGAAAUUGGAAAGCAAAUACGAGCUUCCCACAAAGCUAUGUUUAUGUAUAUUGAUCUUGUUGAUAAAGAAGACGCCGAAACAGAUGGUGUCGAAGAUGCUAUUCGACAAUUCGAAAAUAUGGAUAUGGGUAUUUUCCCUCCUAAUAAUCCAUUAGAAUUGUUACAAACCGAAGAUGAACUUCCUAAAGAGAUUCCAUUGAUAAGAAGUCAACCCUUAGAUAAUGUUUUAGGUGAUUUGACGAAAGGAGUUCAAACCCGGUCACAAGUUCAAAAUGUAGUGAAUCAUCUUAGUUUUCUUUCGCAAAUUGAACCUAAAACUGCUAAAGAGGCUUCGCUAGAUGAGGUCUGGAUAUCCGCAAUGCAAGAUGAAUUAACCCAAUUCACUCGUAGCAAAGUUUGGGAACUCGUUCCACCACCCGAAGAUACUUCCAUUAUUGGAACUAAAUGGGUGUUUAGAAAUAAAUUAGACGAGAAUGGAACGGUUGUUCGUAAUAAAGCAAGAUAA